AUGGAGCUGGGUUUAUUGUUCCUCUUUGGACUUACAAUUACAUCGACUGCAGGGUCCGCUCUGCCCCGACCCCGCUCCCUUCCCCUGCCGGGCGGCGCUGAGCCGCGCUCGGAGGCGCUGGGGCAGAAGGAUCGGGAGGAGAGCGAAGCGUCGGCGCUGCCUGCCGGCGGCAGGGCCAAGGUAGACGGCGGGGCUCUUCGGCGGCGGGCCCGGCGCUGCACUUGCUACACCUACAAGGACAAGGAGUGCGUCUACUACUGCCAUCUCGACAUCAUCUGGAUCAACACCCCCGAGAGGACUGUGCCAUAUGGGCUGUCUAACUUCAGAGGCAGUUAUAGAGGCAAAAGAUCUACAGGCCAGAUUCAAAGUGCUUUCCCAUCUUCAUUUCGGUGCUCUUGUGUGGAUGCUCAUGAUGAACAGUGCAUGCAGUUUUGCAGAAGAACACAAGACAGAAGGAGAAAUCAUGAAUCAAUGAAAAAGACAGAGGAGAAAGACCAAUGCAGAGAAGAACAACACUCUUUCUUUCAGUAG